AUGAUGAUCAUCCGAGCUCUUGAGAAGAAUGGUAUUAUGGAUGCUGUGGUGCAUGCUCUCUCGGAUAUUGUGGCAAGUGACGACCUUUAUGUUGUUGUGAAAAAGCUGCUGGGAUCCGCAACUAAAGCUUUGAGGCUGCGUGUUGAAGCCGAACUACCAGCUUUCGUCGACACCCUGCGCGCAAUUUUUAUUGAGGUCGAUGGCAUUGCUGAAAAAGUAGAGGUGGAAGAGGAAGCAAAGGAGAUGGAGGUAACGAUGGAAGGAAAACCUGCACUUGGUUUUGGUGACAGCACAUUCGUUCGUUGCUCUGGAUGA